AUGUCUAUUGAAACACCAACGGCGAGCGUGGAACUGCCAUCUGUUGUAUCUACAGCACCAAGUUCACCACCACCAACAAGAAGGACUUCUACUUCAAUAAGAAGCGUGACCACAACCGAAGGACCACGCCUCACAGAAGAAGAAAUUGAAAAGAAACCAUGGAAAUACAUUGGCUACAAAGGCUACUCCGAAUUUAUUGCUUCCGACAAUGACUUUUAUAUUGUUCGAAAAUUUGCGUCGCUAAAUACACGAAUUGCAUUAGCCCUUCAAGACCAGAUUGCCGUUCUGGAGGCUGAUCUUAAUGAGCUUGAUGCACAAUAUAGUCAGAUGGAUGCGGAGGAUCUACAUAAUGGGUCAUUCAGAGACGAUCGAGAGGAUCGAACAGAAUUGGUCGAGAAAAUAGCAACAAAAGUGGCGAAGUACAAUGAAUUUAUACUCCAACAAAUCGAAUUUAAGAAGUACCCCCAACCCUUCAGACAAGACCUCAAAAGCCUCCGAAACUGGCACCACAACCACGACAACGUCGCAAUCGCCACCGACGAACAAGCCUACCUAACCCACACCCAAGACCUCAUCUCCGUCAUCCCUAAAGAAAAAACUCCCCUCCGCCGCCUCCUCGAGCGUUCUCGCAAAUUCCGCAUCCUCCCUUUAUGGAUGCAAAAGACCGGACCAGAGCUACCAAUAUACGACAAAGACGUUAUAACAUACACCUCAGACAAACGAAUCGAUCGAUUUAUCACAGUCGUUGUUGUGGGAAUAGGGAGUGUUAUGCUAAUUGCGCCGAUGUGGAUUUUACAGGCGAUGCCGAAUAGCCGCUAUAAAUUGGCGGUUAUUACGACUUUUAUUGUUGCAUUUUUGGGAAUGGUAAGUUAUACGACGAUUGCAAAGCCAUUUGAGACGCUGGCGGCUACUGCUGCGUAA